AUGGUACUAGUAGCUUCCUCGAUUCGCGCUCAGCAUCAAGAGGAUAGUGCUAGGACUGCUGUUGUCGCCUCUGAUGAGGCAGGUUCUCGCACGCUAAGCAAGCCAAUGGGCGUGUCUAGAAUCAUUAAUGGAAUCGAAGCUACGCCCUACGAGUUACCCCACCAGGCGGCGUUACUUUCAAUAGGAGCAACAGGAGGGUCACACAUGUGCGGUGGAUCGGUGAUCGCACAGGAUUGGGUGCUUACAGCAGCCCAUUGUGUAGAAGGAAGAACUCCAUCAUCACUGGCAAUAGUGGUUGACCUUCACGAUUAUACUAACCCAGGGAACUACAUUUGGUUUGACAUUGAAGAUAUUAUCAUGCACAACAACUACAACCAAGGAUCUGGGGGAUUUCCGAAUGACGUUGCUCUUCUUAGGCUUAAACCCAAUGGACAAGACAUCACAAAGAACAUAAUCAAAAUAGCAAGCGGAACAAAUGACUAUGCAGGUCAAAUCUGCACCAUCAGUGGAUGGGGUGUAAAAGUUGAUGGGUCGGGUGCUUCAAAAACUAAAGGAAAGCUGACGUGUCUGUACUAA